UCUAGCUAAGGACGUGGUGUUGGUGAUUGUCGCGUGUUGCUACUAUGAGGAGGACUCUUGGAUUACACGAACUGUGCGAAGGUGUUUAGUGUGGUGGUUGAUUUAUUUCGAUUUGGAUAAUUUGUUUCGUUCAUCCAGUGCCCGAAAAUGCUCAAGUGGACCGCGAUGGCGAAGCGCGAAUCGACGGACAAAGCGGAGCCGAGGCCGUCCGGGGCGACGACACCGCGAAAAUCCAAACGGAGACGCUCGAGCGUCGCCAGACGCCGUUCGAGCAUCAGACGCGACAGCAUGGAGGAGAACAAGGAGAAUCAGUUCACCUCCACCCCCAUCAAAUCUUCGGAGGGCCUCGUGCCGUUCGACGUGCUCAGAGACGUCAGCAAUCUGACCCCGACGGACGACAACCGGAGGGAACUGUCGGCCAAGAAGUGCAAGAGCGAGAGGAAGAGUCCCAGCUGUAGGUUGUUGAAGAAGAAAAAGACCUGCCUGAACGUGCACAAUCAGAUAAAUGUUGACAGUCAGUGCAGCAACUUCUUCAGACCAUUUGAGGCUGUCGACUCCCACAUCGAAGGGAUCUUGGCUGACGUUCCUAAGGCCCCAACUCUUCCAGUUUGCCCCUUAAAAAGUACGCAGUGCUUAAACAGAGCUAGUCUAAACGAAGUCAAUGAAGAACACGCCAAUAAGAAGGCCAAAAUCGACCACGUCAACGACUUUUUAAGUCAAAUCUCGCUGGUCACGUCGUCAGAGGACAAGUCACACUUCCCCGGUUUAAAAUCGACCAAAAACAUAUUCCACAACGAAGUCAAAAUGUCUCCUCUAGUCAAAAAGUUCAUAGAUUUAAGGUUUAGCAAGAUAAGUUUGUGCCCCAAGCAAAAGCAGAACAACAACGUCCACGAGGACUCGUCCUACAUCAAUGAUUUAUCCUUGGAUCAAAUCGUGGACGCCAUCCUGGAGACGAGCUACGACAGCGCCCCCAAAGAGCCGUCGCUGAACACCAGCAUAAUGGUGAACCCCAACGAAACGGAGAAGGAGAACGACCUGAACGAGACGCACGAAGAGAACAUGAUCAACAUAGAGCACGAACGUCAGAGGCGCAACUCCUUCGACGGCUCGUCCACCGACUCCGGAUUCCGCAGCAGCACCGCCGAAAACUCGCACCAGCUGGACAGCAACUAUUUGUGCAAGUGCAACAACAACAACAAGAAUUCGUUAUCUAGUGGCAAUAUUGUAUGUGAUAAGACCAUCAUCAACGUGAACGAGACCUUCAACGAGCGCUGCGUGGACGACGAGAGCAGGCUGAGGAAACGCUCGUCGGACACCACCAUCGAGUACGAGCAACCCUCCAAGAGGCUCAACCUGGACCAAUCAGUAGAGGGCAGCUUCAGCCUCAAGAGGCAAAAGUGCAUACGUAGGAAGCUGAAGCCUUUCCUAACCAGGGACGCCAUAGUCCACGACGAGUCCUUCAACAACUGCUACAUGGAGAACAAGGAGAUCCAAGUCCAGGACGGCAACCGGAUACGUAGAUGUUUGCUCUUCGACUCCCCAAAGCUGGACGACUCCUCCUGUCUGUCGGACAAUUCGACCGCCAUCACAGAUGUGAGGGGCUCCCUCGACCUGAAUAUUCAUGAGGAGGGCGACGCGCUGGUCGUGCACAUUAUAAGAUGCAAGGACUUGUUCAGGCCGAACGGGAAGGUUAACGCUUACGUUAAGGCGGCAAUCGGCGAUAACUUGGGCUCGAGCCGUCGAAAGUUGUCGGGCGGCACGUUGCAAAGGACGGCGGUGCAAGCCGACUCGACGAGGCCCCUCUUCAAUCACACCUUCAGGUUUCUCAGGCCCCCCGACCAACAGAACAGACGCGUCCACAUCGAGGUCUGGCACCGCGACAGAACUUCAAGAACCAGCGAGCUGCUCGGGUGCAUGAGCUUUGACGUUGGAGAUGCUUGUAGAGCGGGCAUCAGCGGUUCGUAUCGCCUUCUGCCGCAGUCGACGGGCCGCCAGCACAAUGUCCCGAUAACACAUCCCCCAACAGCCAGCCCAACAAUGUGCGAGAGUCAGUCCAGCGUCGAGGAGGUCAUCCAGCUAGACGACCUCGACCCUGAGCUGAAGAAACCGACGAACAAGACGGUGCUCGUGGAGCAGCAGAAGCACGCCGACGAGAACCUGUUCCUGCGCUAUCUCGAACUCGAUCCGACCGAAGGGCCGGACGCCAUCCCGGCCGCCACCCAGAGGAAGGCGUCGGGCAACAAAUGCGGCAGGACGCCGUUCACGCAGACGAAGAGACUGAUCAGACAGCCGAAGGCGGGGUUCGGGUUCUCGGUGGUGUGGACGCACCCGCCUAGGGUCGAGAGGGUGGAGAAGGGCUUGCCGGCCGACAAGGCCGGCAUCCUGCCCGGCGACUACAUCAUCUUCGUCGACAAGCAUAACGUUGUGAUGACGCCCGAGAUCGAUAUUUUAAACUUAAUUAGAGCAUGCAAGUGUCAAUUAACCUUGGAAAUAUUCCGGCGAAGCUCCUCGAAAAACGGUUCGGUGCCAAGCGUGAAGAGACUGGUGACCCCAUCGACGACAAGCACCCAUUCAUCCACCACGUCCACCAACGCCAACACCACCACCAACAUCAACCUGGCUUUGAUGGGCAGCAAUGCCACGCUACCUCAACUGUCGGUCACCCAGCGCCGACCCUCCACGGUGUGUUCGACGAACACCACCUCCGUGGAUUACAGCAGGAGGAAGCUGCACCUGCCCCAAGUCACCUUCAGCUCUGAGAAACAAGUAAAUAAUCCUGAAGAGCAUCGGGACAAAAUAAUUUAUCAACUGAUAAGCAAAGAACAAACUUAUUCUACAGCACUGCAAUUUGGCGUUACAAGAUUUGUCUCCGCACUGGCGGAGAGAAAAGAUCUAUUGACGGCACAAGAACAUAAACAACUUUUCCAAAACGUCGAAGACAUCUUGCGACUGACCGAAGACAUACUGGACCACGUGAUCGGCGAAGACGGCGAACCAUCUGUUCUGGCCGUCAUACCGACGUACCAAUCGAAAGUGCACGAAAUCACAACAGCCUACAAACGCUACUGCACCGGCAUCAAACGUGCCGAUUGCGUGUUGGCUGGCAAAAUGAAGAACGCCAAUUCGGAGUUCACAAGAGUUGUGCAGACACCGGCGGUGCCGAGGCGGAGGCCGGACAUCACGUUGUUCAUACACAAACCGUUGGAACAUUACAGGGAGGUGCUCAAGAUGCUCACCAUGGUCCAAAGUUCGACUAAGCCUUCGCACGACGAUUACGCUGUGAUAAAUCAAAUCAUCCACGACCUACAGACAACCUACAGGGAGAUUUGCUCCGAAGCUGGUUUGAUGGAACCCACCGGAGAAGGAAGACCGCUUCUUACAGUACAAGACUUAGAAAAUAGAUUAGUCUUCACCAAAUGUAAACCUUUUGUGCUGAGCAAACCGGGUCGGCAAUGGAUUUUCGGCGGUGACCUGGGCAGGGUGGAGGGUAGGAACGUCCGGCAAUACUGGACUUUGUUGUUCAGUGAUUUGUUGUUGUUCGCGAAAGUUUCACGGGAUCGUGUCCUAUUCAUUAUCGAGGAGCCGCUACCUUUGUCGCAUGUCACCGACAUGUUCUUCAACGUUAGGAAAAAAGAAACGGAAUUCAGGAUAACGAUAUCGCCGGAAGGGAGGAACGCCACGAGUCCGACUGUCCACUGCGGCCCCGAUUUGUCUCGGACGCCGCGCAAGAACGCCAACAAAAGAACUGUGAUUCUACGUGCACCGACCGCCGAACUCAAAGCCGUUUGGCAGAACCUACUCCAAAGGCAAAUCUUCCAUAUAAACGCGGGCAUGGACGGUAGCUCGUACAGCAGCCCGAUCGAAUCCCCGACCGACGCCCCGAUCACCUCGUCCAUCGUGACCCUGCAAUCGGCCGAGUCGCUGUCGCCCCGUCAACGGCAGACGCCGCAAAACCUAAUCCAAAUACAAAACGAAACUAAGGAGAUACAAAAAGAGCUCGACUGCCUAAUCGAGAUGAAAUGUAAACAGUUAAGCAAAAGUAGUUUUAACAGUAAGUGCAACGCGAUCCAUUUAGAGAAAUGGAUGAAGGGGGAGCUAUUGGAACCACCCUAUGUCGAGCCCGACGAGCCGGACGGCGUGGAAGAGUGGACGGAGGAGAUGGUGAUGAACAGGAGCAGGGAACUGAACCUGCUCGAUUGUCAAGGUAAUUUGGUGAUGGCGCACGGCGGUGAGACGUGCAGACGAUCGGAGACCAGGUGCGAGGAGUACACGGUGUCCGAGCACAGUCCGUCCAAGAGUACCACCACCGAGAGUCAGGUGACCGUACGGUCGAGCCCCCUCCUACCCGAAAGUAUACAAUUUUGUCGCCAGUGCCACAAAAACUGCCUGCCAAACGGGAACGUCAAAGGCCUCGAUCCCAAUGACAAUCGGCCCCAUUCGCAUCAAAUGGACGAGUUUCAGAAUCAAAAUCCGGAAGACGUGGUCGACGAUUGGCAACAGAUGUUCCUGUUGGGCAUGUGCCCCGCCGCCACCCUGUUGCAAAGGGACCCGUUCGAAACGGUGCCCAAAAUAUCGGUGAUGCCCGCCACGCCGGAGAGCUCCGUCAAAACCAUGACCUCGGAGAGGGUCAAGGAUGAGCAGCCCACCUCCUGCAAGUGCCAAAUGAGAAACUCCAAACCCCAGAUCAACAGCAUCGACCUCAGUAACGAAGUAGACGUGUCACCGGACGACUCACCCCAAACCGAAGAGCACCCCUACAGAUCCCUCAGCAGCUCCGUAACGACCCUCAGAAGGUUCGGCACCGUGGCCAGCCUGGAGCGUGUCGGCUCCGAAGACCACGACGACCCGAACGACAGCGAACGCUCCUCCGACAACGAAUCGGACGAGGACCACGGCGGAAUCGACAACGAGGCCUUCAACCACACCAUGAGCUGGACGGAGAAGGCCGGCACCUUCGUCGCCGAGAAGAUGGCCUUCUUCGAACGCCUCGGGCAGGACUACACCGGCGGGAGGCUGUUCGAAAGGUACUUGAAGACCACGGACACUCAGAUGAACGGCGACGACGCCCAGGAGGAGGAGACUUCCGGCGCCACAUCCGGCGAGGAGAUUUGGGGCACGCCCACCAGUGGUGGGGAGCUGGACGACUCCUUGACAUCCCCCAACUACGAGGGGAAACAGUCGCCCAAUGACGGAUCGAUAUCGUCAGACGGUGGCGAGGACACUGAGCUGAUGAUGGACGAACUGCUGAUGACGCCGCCAAUAACAGGCGCCAUAAUCCGUGGCCUGCUGCCCCGACGUACGUUGGAGCCCCUAAUCGAGGAAGACUGUUCGGAAACGUCGUCCUCCUCCGACGCCACAUCCCAGACCGAGCCCUCCCUGUCACCCGAACAGGACAGCGGAACUGGCGUUGUUGCUGACACAUGUUCGACUGCUGCGGAAGGAAGACGUCGUGGAGCCACUCCAAGUCCGACCGCAAGCGGCACCGGCACCGGAUCGUCUGGCGGUCGGACGACGACGCCGACGCCGCCUCCCCAACAAGAGACGCCGAAGCCGGCGUCUUCUACGUCGGUAGAGGCGCAGGGCAGGAUCCAUCGGGCGGACAGCUACAGACGUAUCAUCGAGGCGGCGGAAGAAGGCGACGACGCGGACAACAUCUGCUUCUUCAGUCGUUUUAAGCCGGCGAUGAGCUACGGUCACAUCCAGAGGGUGCCGAGGUCCAGGAGCGUCAGAAUUUUCGAAUUUUUUAACGUGCGUAGGGCAGAACGAAGGAUUUACGAGACUUAUCCGGAGGAUAAACAUUUACUUAAAUUAUUUAAUGAUCAAGACUGUGUAACUGAUGAUGAUCAACAAGUUAAAUACUCGGAUAAGCCGAUCUCUUCGAGAAGAAUAGAAGAUAAACGGUUGGACAAACGCUUCUGGAGACAACUGAGCCGUCGUCGUAGCACCCACAAAGGAAACAUCCCGGCCUAAAUUAGCAACAAAGAUUUCCUCAUUCCUCGUCUAAUCAUAAGCUCAACCUCAAGUGAUACAAGUGCUUCGAUCCAACUUCGUAAUUGUAAAAUAAAUUCCAAAUUAAUUUGGGUGUAUUAAGAAAUUAACGGAUAGAAAUUUGUUGUGCUGUCACAGUUGUGCCAUUAAUACGUUGUUUGGGAAUGUAGAAGAGUGGUUGACAAAAGUUAGGUUAGAAUAGAAAGGAUAACGUUGUAAUUAGAUAAAUCAAAAUUAAUUUAAUACGUGUAUUUUUAUCUACUAGUACCUUAAUAAAACAAAAUAGAUUUAA